AUGGAUGCAAGAAAUAAAGUUGUUUUUGCUAGUAAGGAAGCACACACUGAUUUCAAUUAUGGUAGCCAGUUAAUCCAGAAUACUUUUCUGAAAGCCUUAGAAACUGGAAUUCGUGAUGAGUAUCUGACAACUAGCUUACGACCAAUUCUGCGAAAUGACGGGGUGUCUGAUGAGGAACUCAUGCGAAGCAUCAAUGAACUUGCCUCCCAAAAGACCGAGAGAGAAAACAAACUUGGUUUAACAGAGAGGCUGUAUGCGAAAAGUGCCAAGGUGAGUUCUGUUGAGGGGGCAAAAGGGAAAAAGGGGACAUACCCAGAAGCCAGUGAAAAACAGGACCUCCUCAUAGAGAUUAAGGGAAUCAAGUCUGAAUUAAUUAAGUUCCCUUAA